ACAGAUGGCUUCGCCCAAGCUGCAGGCACGGCAACCGCAGCAGCAGCAGUCGCCGUCGGCAAUGCGGCGGGCGCUGGUGGUGCCAGGAGCGCGCAGAUUCACCCUGGCUGAGCUCCAAAUGGCGACGGAUGACUUCUCCCCUCACUCCAAGAUGAGGGACUACCCACUGGGACCCAUCUACUGUGGAGACCUCCCAGAUGGCAUGGAGAUUGCCGUAAGACGGAUAGAAGCAUCAGUGGUAGAAGGUCAGUCGGACGAGGACUUUGUGGCAGUGGCGGCGAACAUGGCGCGGCUGCAGCACGGCAACGUGGUGCAGCUGCAGGGGUACUGCGUGGACCACGGCGAGCGCAUCCUGGUGUUUCAGCACUUCCACCUGGGGAGCCUCUAUGAUCAUCUGCACGAUGGGAGCAGGAAGAUGCUCAUGACGUGGGACACCAGGGUGCACAUCGCCAUCGGCUGCGCUCAAGCACUCGAGUACCUUCACGAGGAGUGUGUGCCGGCCAUCAUCCACCGGGGCAUCUCAUCGCGAGCCAUCCUGCUGGACGUGGAGAUGAAUCCGCGCAUAGCCGACGCGGGGCUCGCCGUGCUCAACCCCACCGGCUCAGAGGCCAAGUCACUAUCCGAGCAGCUGGCAGGGGGGUAUGCGUACAACGCACCUGAGUAUGCGAUGUCGGGGGUCUACACGGCGAAAAGCGACGUGUACAGCUUUGGCGUCGUGCUGCUGGAGCUGCUGACAGGCCGAAAGCCCGUCGACCCGUCCAAGCCCAAGUAUGAAUCUUCAUUGGUGCGGUGGGCAGCCCCCCUCCUGUAUGACAUAGUGGAACUCGAGAAGAUGGUGGACGCCUCCCUCGCUGGGCCUGUACCCGACCCCCUCACGCUCACACGCUACGCUGAAGUCAUUGCUCGGUGCAUCCAGCCCGAGCCUGAGUUCCGGCCUUCCAUGUCCAAGGUGGUGAAGGACCUGUGCCGGAGAGUGCGCAAGGCCCCUGCCGCCACCGCCCAACUCGCCCUUGAUGACUCCUCCAUAACCACCCUCUCAGUCUCCUAGCUAGUGCUGUCUCGUGCGCCCAGCUAUGCACUACUAUUAGCACCGUCUACAUGCCAGCUGUAACUUAUCGGCCACCCAGCACUCCCCCCCUGCAGUGCAGUUAGUAGGGAGAAGUGAGGUCGCAUGAAUGGGUGCAUCGUGCAUGCAUCCGACCUGCUUGAAGUGGAUGCGGGGUUUGUGAAUCGUGAUUGUCUUUAUGCGUGUGUAUGGUCAUGUAUGCAUGUCUCUCAUCUGCGGAGGAUGUACACAUGCAGCCUACUAACAUGAGUUGCCUAGUAUUAAUUAUGGUCAAGCGCACUACAUUCA